AGCACAGCCCGUACAGGCUGCUGGGGGAAGCUCCCCGAUCCCCCCCACAUCCCGCUGCCCGAAUGCCACGCGGAGGAGGCCAUCUGGGAGCUCUGUGGCCGGGCAGCAGUGCCGGUGACCCUGUGUCCUUGGCUGCCGAUGCUCCAACUCUCCAAGGUCACCUCCUCGCUGCUCAUCGGCAAUGCCAGGGCAGCCUCCAACGAGGAGCUGCUCAUGCAAGAGGGAGUCACCUUCUGCGUGAAUGUCACCAGGCAGCAGCCCUUCCCCAGCCUCCAGCAGGUCCGGGGCAUACGCAUACCCGUGUUCGACGAUCCGGCCGAAGACCUGUAUCGCUAUUUCGAGCAGUGCAGCGACGCUAUAGAAGAGGCGGUGAAGAGCGGUGGGAAGUGCUUAGUUUACUGCAAAAACGGCCGCAGCCGAUCAGCUGCCAUUUGCACUGCUUAUCUGAUGAGACACAGAAAGCUCCCACUCAAGGAUGCCUUCGAGGCUGUGAAGACUGCCAGACCAGCAGCAGAACCCAAUGCAGGAUUUUGGUCUCAGCUGCAGAGAUACGAAGAAGAUUUGCAGAUACCAAAGCAGCCUGAUCCGCUGAACAAAGGACUUCAAAAUAGCAACGUGUGAAAAUGUUUUAAAGACAGUUAAGUGGUUUGCCACAGAUUUAAACAACAAAAAAAAAGUCACUUCAUAUAUCACCUAUACAUAAAAUGCCUUACUCCCCAGACUGAGCUGACGGUUCAUUAAAUUCGUUCAGAGCACUGCCAUCGAAGGCGCAUGGGCAAGGGGCAGCUCAGCGGGGAGAAACAGCAGAAACGGGAAAUGGUUGGAAGGACUGUAAACAAAUCAGAGAAAGGCACGGUAUCUUCAGCAUUUAUUUUUCUCUGAAUGACACUGAAUACAAUAACAAUGUCUUGAACAAAUUAAUGAGUUACUGCAUAGGGGUUUCACUCUUGGUUUUUAAUUAAACUUCCCAGUGACGUCACUAGAAGAUCUGAUGCCAGACCAAGGAAGUUUUGAAUUUCUAUCUAUCUAUCUCACCUCCUGGAUCAUAAUUCAUGUUCAUGAGACAACAUAACCUUUGGUGGGAAACCAACACUAGAACUGCUUAGUCUCUGCCCGAGUUCUGCAUUUACCUUAUGUUCAACUAGACCAAAAUACCACCACAAAAGUAACUAAAAUCCAGAGGACAGAAUAUACAGGUGAUGGUAAGGAGUUCAACUCCCACCAUGCAAGUUAAAUGUCUUUUUAGCUUUUGAAAUUAUUCUCCAGAAUACCAAAGGGAUGAUUUUAAAAACAAUAGCUGAUAGUCAGGGGAAGAGGAUGAUGCUGGCAAUCUAAAAGUAAUCCUAACUCCUUUUAGCAUUACCUACUAAGCCCAACGAGAUCUAUCAGUGCCCAGUUCAUGCCUUAAUGUGUCAGUUUGUAAGUCAGCCGUAUCUGCGUGCAAGUGACAAGGCUAAAUCACUUCUGCUAAGACUGCUUGCAGGUCGCCCUGUGAAAUUAUCUACUGGGGUAUCGAGGAAGCUGCACAAAACUUCUAAAUCAGAC